AUUUAAAGGCACAAUCUUAAACUACAAGAUAACGUUACUAUACUUUAUCAAACUAUACGACAUCUUCUACUAUAUAAAGUAGGAGGGCAAAGAAAUUAUUGCAUUUCAAAAUUUAUAUUUUGAUUCUUAUAACCUUCAACAAUUGCAUAUUUCAUUGAAUAUCAAAGUUACAAAUCAUUACUGCUCAUCCCCCUCGUGUACUGUAGUAGAUAUUUCAUUAUUAUUAUAGAUUGUUAAACAUGCUUCCAUUUGCAAUUCCCUAUCCUCCAGAACAAGCAAUUGGAUUCUGGGGUGUUCCAACGUCAACCAUUGAUUGGUGUGAAGAGAAUUAUGUUGUUUCAGAUUAUAUUGCUGAAGCAUUGAAUACUGUCACUAAUUCAAUUUUUAUUGCAUUAGCUACUUUUGCUAUAUAUCACGCUUAUCGAAAUCAUUUAGAACCAAGAUUUCUAUUUACAGGAUUUGGAUUCUUAUUGGUAGGAAUUGGUUCAUGGUUAUUCCAUAUGACAUUAAUGUAUCACUUUCAAUUAUUAGAUGAAUUACCAAUGAUUUAUGCUACAUGUAUCCCAUUUUGGUCAGUAUUUAGUGAAUUCAAAACUAAGACUCAAUCAAUUUUAGUAGCUAUUGGAAUCUUUUCAGCAGCUAAUUUAUUAACUGUCAUAUAUUUGCAUUUCAGAGACCCCACCAUACAUCAGGCCGCAUAUGCGUUAUUAAAUGCGGGAAUAAUUCUUAAAUCGUUAUCAUUAACCAGUAAACACGUUCAUGAUAAAGUAGCUAAAGUUCAAUUAUACAGAACAAUGACGAUUGGAAUUUGUAUAUUUUUAUUAGGAUAUUUCUUAUGGAAUCUUGAUAUACAUUUCUGUACUUUUGUUAGAGGUAAAAGAAGAGAUUGGGGAAUUCCUUAUGGAUUUGUAUUAGAAGGUCAUGGUUGGUGGCAUAUAUUUACAGGUACUGGAGUUUAUUACUAUUUAGUAUAUCAAGAAUAUCUUAGAUGCUUUUUACAAGGUACAGAUGAAUUUUUUACGUUUAAAUGGGUAUGGGGUUUACCAGUAGUAUUUUGUACUGAUUCGCAUGGUUUAAAACGCUUCAAAGCAAUCAGAGCAUUAGCCGAAAUAGAUGCAACAGUUGAAGCAGAAAAGAGAAGCCAACAAAUUUUGGAAAAAAAGCAACAAUAGAUGCAUACAUAUUUAUUAGGGUCUAAUUGUUUAUUUAUAUAUUUUAGUUUAGUUUAGUUUAGUUAGUUAGCGUAUAGAGAUAGGACACUUCAAAAACAAUCAAUCAAUCUUAUUAGUGUAUAAUUUAGCGCGGCAAAAAAAAGUUGCGAUUUGGUUGCAAAUUAUUUUAAAGUUUAUGAAUAUUAC